CGAGAUUACAUGAGAGUAUCUUCUAUCGUUCCCACCUCCUAUCCGAUAAUGCCAUGACAAGCCAUGCCUGCCAGCGCAGUCCGGAUAGUCGAAGUCGGGCCCCGCGACGGCCUUCAGAACAUCAAAGAACCCAUCACAACCGCUACAAAGGUUGAACUAAUCCAACGGCUCGAACGGACAGGUCUUCGCACUAUCGAACUAACAUCGAUCGUCUCGCCGCGCGCGAUACCCCAGUUAUCGGACUGUCAGGACGUGCUGAGCGGUCAGAGCGUGAAACGGCUACAAGCGGAUCCUGAUCGUCGGUUUCCGGUACUCGUACCAAAUCUGAAGGGUCUUGAUAUCGCGAUUCGAUACGGGGUUAGAGAGGUGGCAGUUUUUGUGAGUGCCACGGAGGGGUUUAGUAGGGCGAACAUUAACUGUUCUGUGGGCGAGGGAAUACAACGGGCGAGGUGUGUUGCGGAAAAGGCUGCACAGUAUGGUAUUGCUGUGAGAGGAUAUGUUUCCUGCAUAUUCGCCGACCCUUACGAUGGUCCGACAGAGCCAUCCGCGGUGCUGCACGCUGCACGCGCGUUAUUAGGCAUGGGAUGCUACGAAGUCAGCCUGGGCGAUACACUAGGCGUGGGAACCCCAUCCAAAGUCCACAGUCUAGUGACCUACCUCGUCGAGAACGACAUCCCCAUCGACCAACUAGCCGGACAUUUUCAUGAUACCUACGGCCAAGGCGCCUCCAAUGUUUGGCAAGCAUACCAGUGCGGAAUGCGCGUGUUCGACAGCAGUGUAAGCGGCCUGGGAGGAUGUCCAUUUGCACCGGGGGCUAAGGGGAACGUCGCCACUGAGGACUUGGUGUAUAUGUUCGACAAUGCGGGUGUUGAAACUGGUGUUGAUCUCUCGCGACUGGUUGAGACAGGGACGUGGAUAUCGGAGACGCUGUCUCGGAAGAAUGCGAGUCGGGCUCAGAAGGAGAUUUACCAUGUAUAUAGAACAUACUCCGGAGUAGACCAUCCUUAG